AUGGCUCUCCAGAACGGUGAAGCUGAUGAAUGCUCCGAGAAUCUCGGGAUCAUCAGGAGAUGCAUCGACUCCAUUGUUGAUAAAAUCCUCUCGCCUCCUGGAUUUUGUUCUGGCAGGUCAGAUGGUAAUAUACUUGCACAACACCAGGGUUCAACAAGCUCGAGCAAUCUGUCCCAAGAGAUUGAUGGACAGAAGACAUAUCACUUAUCAGACCUCGACAUAGACCUCUUCAGAUGCAUCAUCACAGCUCUGAAAUCAACGUACCUGCUGCCACCUCAGCUCAUUGCAGAAGCAUUACACGUG